AUGUCGAUAUCUGGUAUUAUGGCACUCUUACGUAUGAACCCGACGCCUAUUCACCAAGUUCAUCCGUACAUCCGCAUCAUACUACUCGUCACUCUUCUCAACUGCGGCUUGACAAUACUCUUUUUCUCUCACAUCAUCUUCUUCCCAAACCUUACUAGACCUCAUAUUCCCCUCGAUUCAAUCACAUCAUCAGUCAAGUAUGUUUUGCGACCGUUGGCGAGCAGGCCAGACAUCACGAAGUCAUGCGUGGAAGGACAUCAGGAAACCCUUGCCUCAGGAUACACGAUCGAGGUCAAAUGCAAUAUGUAUCGACAGGGAGUCACAUACGAUGAAGUGUCCUCGUACAGCGAAUGCGCGGCGAUCUGCGAGUCACUAGACAUUGAUGUAUGCUCAUACCAUCCACCGUCAAAACGCUGUGUCGUAUCAAGCCUGUAUGGAAGAGAUAUUCCCCGAGAGGGUGUCUAUUACAUGACAAAAGUCAUCGAGAACGAUCCCGAAGACAUCGAUUCUUACGACCAUGGGGACCCCUUCGAAGAGGUGCCAGAUCCAGAAAUGGACGCCUGCCUUGACCGCAUCGCCGACCUCGAAACAGAAUUGGAGCAUUGUCGCUCUGAAACCGUCCCAUCAACGCCUUUAUGCGGCGUCCAAGGCAUUGCUAUCAACGGUCGCAUAGACAUGAUCCAAGUCACCGGCGUCGACGCCUGCAAAGCGAUUUGUCUCGCCAACCCAUCAUGUCAAGCUUACUCCGCGUCCGACAACCCGGGAGAUUGGUGUUAUAUCUUUGACAGACCGCACGGAGGCCUCACGACAAAUUAUUACCGCCAUUUACAUACAUAUGAUCGCGACUCCGACAUCCGCGGAAACGGAAAUAUGGCAUCGUGGUGGAGCACGGCUCUUAAAGCUUGGGCGAUCACUAGCGAAAACCCCGCAAUCAUGUCAGCCUCGGAUUCAGUUGUCUAUCACUACCUCGCGAUCGGCAAGCUUGGCCGCGGCGAAGUCGUCAAGCUGUUUAUGAUUGACGCGGGCAUCAAGUUCGAAGAGCGCUUGUACGCCCGUGAUGAUACUUGGCCUGAGACCAAGGAGAAGCUGAAGAAGCAGGGCCUUACUCGCACCGGACAACUCCCUUCGGUAGAGUACAAGGGUAAAGUCCUCACUGGUCACGUUCCCAUCCUGCGAUAUCUCUCGCGUGAACUCGGCGCAUACGAUGGCACAACCAAUGACGACAAGUACUUGGUUGAUCUAGUGUCGGAUAUCUAUGUUGACUGGAGGGUCCAAUGGGUAGCCAAUCUCAAGGGUCUCAACCCUGAUUACAAGGAAAAGGACGCUCCUCCAUACUACGAGCUACUCGGUCAAUACUACGCCGAGCGUGAGGGGCCAUAUCUUCUUGGAGACACUGUUACUUACGCCGACUUUGCCGUCUAUGUUUCUCUUGACAACGAUAUUCGAACAAAAACACUUCCGGAAACCCUCCCCGAGUCCAUCGUCAAGUUCCGAACUGCUUUCGAGGCUCGACCUAACAUUGCCGACUAUAUCAAGCAGGGCUAA